CCCAGAUGGACAAAAUCUUAAGUGACCUCCAUAAGCAAAUACAUAGAGGGUACCUCCAUCUGGGGAGAGGGCAAAGAGAAGUCCCCAGAUCCAAUAACAAUGCCAAUAAUUUAAUUCUACAUCUUUCAGUGUAAACUUUAAUUUGGAUUCCUCCUAGUUGCUAAUCAUUAAAAAAAAAAAAACAAAACACAUUUUUGUACAACAUUUUCUGGUAAGCAGUGUUCAGUAUUUAUAUAUGCCUGUUUAAUUCAGCCUAAGUAGACUUGAGAUUUACUCCAUGGCUGAAAUACCACAUUUUAUAAAUUACAGGUUUCUUGUAACGAAGCUCCUUUAUGAACAUACUGACAUUUCCCGAACUGUAGGUGUAUAAACUGGGUGCCUACCAUGCAGGGAGGUGCUUAAGACAACUUGUUUAGCCGUGGGUGGUGGGCACUGAGAAAGCCUGAUGUAUUGCCCAUAGGAGAAUGAGUUUUCCUUUAUCCUUGGCUGCAGUUUAACUCCCUGGGUGCUUUCUGUAUAGACUGGUGUCUUCAGUGGUGGUGACAUUUCCCAAUCAUUGUGUAUUUGUUUCUGCUGAGAUAUUCAGCUGCAUAUAACCAGAAGGCGGGGAGAAGCAGUGGCUGCCUUCUGGGCUCAUCUCUCCUCUUAAGUGAAGCAGGACUGACUUGAGAAGUUCCAAAAGAACUGCUGGAUUUGGGCCCACAAAGAGUUUAUGAAAUGAAUAGAGAAACAAGAUGUCUCUUCUCAGACUUGGGCGUUGGUGGGCAUCUGUUUUGAUGCCUGGGCUCUUCAGAACUAGCCUGUAACAUUUGCUGUAUUUCUGAAACAUUGCUGUCGGGUGGUUCUCUCUCAGUGACCUGGUUGUGGGAAGUUUCAAUAAGCAGCAACUGAUCUAAUACUUUCAAAAAGAUGGUUUGAAACAAUUUAGCAAUAAAAUUUCCACAAAGAAAAAUGGAUCUGUCUUUGAAUACACAUUAAAUUUGUAACCAAAGUGACUUCUGAGUCCACUUGUAAGUAAUAUGCAGAUUGUUGGAUGGCAGAAAGUGUGAAGGACACACAGUCAUGCUUCUUAGCUGCUGAGGAUGGGAAGAGUAAGCAGUGUUUUUUAGUGAAAUACAUUUCUUUUUUGGCCUCAGUUAUACUUUGUACUUCAUGUAGAAUAUUUUGAAACUUCUCAGUACUGAUGACACAUCCAAAUUCAGAAUUUGUAGGAGUUGUUUGUUUUUGGUAGGCUUUACUCUUUUCCAUUUUUCAUAGUUAAUAUUGAUUUUUGGAUUAGAAUAAUAAAUGAGGUAAAUGGUACUGUAUUACAUUUGGAUUAGUUGAUUAUGGUUAUACUUACAAAUGGUAGUGGUAUUAUAGAGUAACAGCCUUUAUUAAUCAGAAAACCAGAUUUGUGUGUAUUAAACUUUAAUUCCUAUUGCUUUGGCCUUUGGGUUUGCCACUGGUUUUGGUUUUUGGAACUAUUUAAUAUUCUACAAAAUUUAUUUGGAUUAUUUCAUUGAUGAUAAAUUCUUACCGUAUUUUAUAGGAAACAUUUAUGGUCAUGUAGAAGCCAUACAAAUACUAAUUUUAUUUUAACUUUUGUUUUUUAAGGAACUUGGGGGAAGUGGACCUAAAUUUGUGCUUUUAAUGUAUUAGGUCAUUUAAAGAAUUUUUCAGUUCCUUCACACAUACAUGUAAGCUUUUCAUUUUUCAAGAGGAUCCCCUAAAGUCUGUAACACAGUCAUCAUCUGCCCUGAUGCUGAGUGCCUUUGUCCAGGGGUCCUGCUGGCUGGGGGGCUAGGUACACAACCAGUAGUGUCUUUAGUUUGGAUAGUAUUUGGAAACACUAAAGGAUAUUUCUUAGCAGUGUGCAGGACAGUUCCCAGAAAACAAAAACUUCUUUUCCCUGGCACUCAAAAUUUUGUGAUAAUGAUGCUGAAAUGGUGAACAUUUUUCUAUUUUCAGAGGCUCAACAUCACAAGGAGAAAAGCACUAACUCAAUUUUAAGAUAAUCGAAACUAUGUUCCAACUUCCUGUCAACAAUCUUGGCAGUUUAAGAAAAGCCCGGAAAACUGUGAAAAAAAUACUUAGUGACAUUGGGUUGGAAUACUGUAAAGAACACAUAGAAGAUUUUAAACAGUUUGAGCCUAAUGACUUUUAUUUGAAAAACACUACAUGGGAGGACGUAGGACUGUGGGACCCUUCGCUUACGAAAAAUCAGGACUACCGGACGAAACCUUUUUGCUGCAGUGCUUGUCCAUUUUCUUCAAAAUUCUUCUCUGCCUACAAAAGUCAUUUCCGGAAUGUCCAUAGUGAAGACUUUGAAAAUAGGAUUCUCCUUAAUUGCCCCUACUGUACCUUCAAUGCAGACAAAAAGACUUUGGAAACACACAUUAAAAUAUUUCAUGCUCCAAACGCCAGCGCACCGAGUAGCAGCCUCAGCACUUUCAAAGAUAAAAGCAAAAAUGAUGGCCUUAAACCUAAGCAGGCUGACAGUGUAGAACAAGCUGUUUAUUACUGUAAGAAGUGCACUUACCGAGAUCCUCUUUAUGAAAUCGUUAGGAAGCACAUUUACAGGGAACAUUUUCAGCACGUGGCGGCGCCUUACAUAGCAAAGGCAGGUGAGAAGUCACUCAACGGUGCAGUCCCUCUAGGUUCAAAUGCCCGGGAAGAGAGCAGUAUUCACUGCAAGAGAUGCCUUUUCAUGCCAAAGUCCUACGAAGCUUUGGUACAACACGUCAUCGAAGACCAUGAACGCAUAGGCUAUCAGGUCACUGCCAUGAUUGGGCACACAAAUGUGGUGGUUCCCCGAUCUAAACCCUUGAUGCUAAUUGCUCCCAAACCUCAAGAGAAGAAGGGCAUGGGACUCCAAUCAAGAAUUGGUUCCCUUGCUUCUGGAAAUGUCCGGUCUUUGCCAUCGCAGCAGAUGGUAAAUCGACUCUCAAUACCAAAGCCUAACUUAAAUUCGACAGGAGUCAACAUGAUGUCCAAUGUUCACCUACAGCAGAAUAACUACGGAGUCAAAUCUGUAGGCCAGGGCUAUGGCGUUGGUCAGUCCAUGAGACUAGGUCUAGGUGGCAACGCACCAGUCUCCAUCCCUCAGCAGUCUCAGUCUGUGAAGCAGCUGCUGCCGAGUGGAAAUGGAAGAGCUUACGGGCUUGGGUCAGAGCAGAGGUCCCAGGCACCAGCAAGAUACUCCCUGCAGUCUGCUAAUGCCUCUUCUCUCUCAUCAGGCCAGUUAAAGUCUCCCUCCCUCUCCCAGUCACAGGCAUCCAGAGUAUUAGGUCAGUCCAGUUCCAAACCUACUGCGGCUGCCACGGGCCCUCCCCCAGCCAAUACUUCCUCAACUCAAAAGUGGAAAAUAUGUACAAUCUGUAAUGAGCUUUUUCCUGAAAAUGUUUAUAGUGUGCACUUCGAAAAAGAACAUAAAGCUGAGAAAGUCCCAGCAGUAGCCAACUACAUUAUGAAAAUACACAAUUUCACUAGCAAAUGCCUCUACUGUAAUCGCUAUUUGCCCACAGAUACCCUGCUCAACCACAUGUUAAUUCAUGGUCUGUCUUGCCCGUAUUGCCGGUCAACGUUCAAUGACGUGGAAAAGAUGGCGGCGCACAUGCGGAUGGUUCACAUUGAUGAAGAGAUGGGACCCAAAACAGAUUCUACUUUGAGCUUUGAUUUGACAUUGCAGCAGGGUAGUCACACUAAUAUCCACCUCCUUGUAACCACAUACAACCUGAGGGAUGCCCCAGCUGAAUCUGUUGCUUACCAUGCCCAGAAUAACCCUCCAGUCCCUCCAAAGCCACAGCCAAAAGUUCAGGAAAAGGCAGAUAUCCCUGUUAAAAGUUCACCUCAGGCUGCAGUACCCUAUAAAAAAGAUGUUGGGAAAACCCUUUGCCCGCUUUGCUUUUCAAUCCUAAAAGGACCCAUAUCUGAUGCACUUGCCCAUCACCUACGAGAGAGGCACCAAGUUAUUCAGACGGUUCAUCCCGUGGAAAAAAAGCUCACCUACAAAUGCAUCCAUUGCCUUGGUGUGUACACCAGCAACAUGACCGCCUCGACUAUCACUUUGCAUCUAGUUCACUGCAGGGGUGUUGGAAAGACCCAGAAUGGCCAGGAUAAGACAAAUGCACCCUCUCGGCUUAAUCAGUCACCGGGCCUGGCUCCUGUCAAGCGCACUUACGAGCAAGUGGAAUUUCCCUUGCUGAAAAAGCGAAAGUUAGACGAUGAUAGUGAUUCGCCCAGCUUCUUCGAAGAGAAGCCUGAGGAACCUGUUGUUUUAGCUUUAGACCCCAAGGGUCAUGAAGAUGAUUCCUAUGAAGCCAGGAAAAGCUUCCUAACGAAGUAUUUCAAUAAACAGCCCUAUCCCACCAGGAGAGAAAUUGAGAAGCUGGCUGCCAGUUUGUGGUUGUGGAAGAGUGACAUUGCUUCCCAUUUUAGUAACAAGAGGAAGAAGUGUGUCCGGGACUGUGAAAAGUACAAGCCUGGUGUGUUACUGGGCUUCAACAUGAAAGAACUCAACAAAGUGAAGCACGAGAUGGAUUUUGAUGCUGAGUGGCUGUUUGAGAAUCAUGACGAGAAGGAUUCCCGAGUCAAUGCUAGUAAAACUGCUGACAAAAAGCUCAGCCUCGGGAAGGAAGAGGACAGCUCCUCAGACAGUUUUGAAAAUCUGGAGGAAGAAUCCAAUGGAAGUGGUAGCCCUUUUGACCCUGUGUUUGAAGUCGAGCCUAAAAUCCCCAACGAUACCCCGGAGGAGCACAUACCGAAGGUCAUUUCUGAGGAUGCUUUAGAGUCUGAGGAGAAGCUAGACCAAAAAGAGGAGGAUGGUUCAAAAUACGAAACUAUUCAUUUGACUGAGGAACCGACCAAGCUGCUGCGCGAUGCCUCUGACAGUGACGUUGACCACGAUGACGCCGUUGAGUGGAAGGAUGGUGCUUCUCCGUCUGAGAGUGGCCCCGGUUCCCAGCAGGUGUCGGACUUUGAGGACAACACAAGUGAAAUGAAAGCGGGAACCUGGUCUGAUGAGUCUUCCCAGAGUGAAGAUGCAAGAAGCAGUAAGCCAGCUGCCAAAAAAAAGGCUACCGUGCAAGGCGACAGAGAGCAGUUGAAGUGGAAGAAUAGUUCCUAUGGAAAAGUUGAAGGGUUUUGGUCUAAGGACCAGUCACAGUGGAAGAACGCAUCUGAAAGUGACGAGCGCUUAUCUAACCCACAGAUUGAGUGGCAGAAUAGCACAAUGGACAGUGAGGACGGGGAGCAGUUUGACAACAUGACUGACGGCGUCGCCGAGCCCAUGCACGGCGGCCUGACCGGCGUGAAGCUGAGCAGCCAGCAGGCCUGAGGGCCCGGUUCUCCGGCACCGGGGACCGGCUGCCGCCUGGGGCUCGGCUCCGCUCUCCUCCCGGCAGGACUGCAAAGCUGUAUUCUGACUGGUACCGCCUUUUGAGUGCUGGGUCACCGGGCUGUGGGGCUACGAGGCCACUGCUCAUCCCGGUGGUUCUUCCCACGUCUGUGACACACGACUGGCUGAUCUGGCUUCAGAACUUGCUGUGACAGACACAGUAAAUAAAUGUGAAAAACCGAUAAGCUGGUGGCUCACGAACGCACAUGAGGAAAAGCAGAGGUUUAUUUUAUCUGCCUUCUCAACAUUUCUUUCCCUCUGUAAGAUGUUUGGUUGGAUGAUCUGGGGAGGCGUUACCCUGAUUGACACGGUAGUGUAGGGCCAACAUUCAAGCUACCAGUCCAAUGUGUAUAGUAGACUUCGGGGAAAUCAACUUUUUUUCAUGUAUUCAUUCUGAAUAGUUGAAAUGUAUAUUUGUACAGUCUUUUAGACCUAUUCAAGUGAUGCCUAUGAUAUUGUUAUUGUGUACCCAUCUAGAUUUGUUUCUUUUUUUAGUGUUGCCCUUGCUGUGUAAUAAACGCUCUAUCUAGUUUACCUAGCAAAAGCCUGGAACUGCGCUAGUAUGGACUUUUGGACAGACUUAGUUUUUGCACAUAACCUUGUACAAUCUCGCAACAGAGGCCAGCCACAUAAGAUAUAUAUCUGGACUCUCUUGUAUUAUAGAAUUUUUCUCGUUCUGAAUAUCCUUGACAUUACAGCUGACAGAAACAAAAACUGGCAUUUCAGAUCUGUUUUCUGAAAUCUUUUAAGCUAAAAAUCACAUGCAAGAAUUGACUUUGCAGCUACUAAUUUUGACACCUUUUAGAUCUGUAUGAAAGUGUGUUGUGUUGAAGCAGCAAACCACUGAGUGCUGCAUUUUGGAUAUUUAGUUUUAUCUUUAGUUAAGCACCACCCCGGUGUAUUCAUUUAUACCAUCUAAUAUAUGACACACUGUUGUAGUAUGUAUAAUUUUGUGAUCUUUAUUUCCCUUUGUAUUCAUUUUAAGCAUCUAAAUAAAUUGCUGUAUUGUGCUUAAUGUAAA